GGAGUGACACACAAGAUGGCGGCAGAUGAUGGAUGUUGAGUUUCUGUGGUGUAGCGGCCGUCGCGACUCAACAUUUGCCAUGAAGCGUUUUUCUCGCGUCCAAGGUUUGCUCUGAAGCUGCGUGAUGCACCUACCCUAAAACAGAACAAUGAAGAAGGUCGUUCUGAAACCGGUCGAGGGGCCUCAGAAGCCCGUGGAACUCAAAAUCGGCAAAACCAUCAUUGGCCGGGGACCGCUUCUCGAAUGCAGCGACAAGAAAGUUUCCAGAAACCAUGCUAUCUUGGAAGUCACUGCAGACGGCGAAGUCAUCCUCACGCCGACCCACGUGAACCCGUGCUUCUACCAAGCUCAGAACAAAGGUCCUUCGAGGGUGAUGAAAAAGGACAAGCAGCAUGUACUGGCAUCGGGUGACUCCAUCGCGCUGCUGCCCACCAGCUACAAGUACAUUGUCGAAGUGAUCAGCCCGUCGACGACAUCACCAUCAUCACAAGUUGCGGACGAAGUCACGAAGCCAGCGGGGGAGUCUGAAGAAAAAGACAGCCUAGCGGAGAAGCCGGCAACCGCAGCCAUUCCUGCUGAGGAGGCCAAGAAGAACGGCAGUGCCGAGGCCCACCACAACUCCAGCAACAACAAGGAGAGCGUCAUCAAGGCCGAAAAUGGUGAGCGAGGCAGCUCCAAAGAGGCCAGCCCCGAGGUAUGCCGCAAGCCAGCAACCCAGCCGCCGCAGAAGAAGGGAGCGCCUUCGGACGAAUCCAAGACGAAGCCGCAGCCAGAAGGAAAGCGGACGCUUCCCCGAUGGCUAGUGGAGAGUGCCUCCAAGUCGGCCGCAAGCAAGCCAAAGCCGGCAGCGCAGCCAAGGGGGAAAGCGGCGAGCAACCGAGACGAGCCGGCGUCGAAAACCCGACGGACCUCCGUGCCCGAGAAGGAGCCCGUCAAGAAACGUGGCAAGCCCCCCGCCAAGGAAUCCGAGAGCGGAGGGGAAAGCAAAGAGGAGGCAAAGUCUGGCAAGUCCGAGGAAUCUGGCGAGGAGAAGUCCGAGUCGGAGGAAGAGUACAAGCCCAAGGCAAAAGAGGAAAAGGGCGUCACAGGGUCGCGGGAGUCUAAGGGGAGCAGGGGCGGGCGCUCGUCGAGGCAGAACCGGAGCACCAUGCAGAAGAUAUCGCUCGACGACUUUGUGGCGAGCGACGACGACGAGUGGGACAACAGCGCAGAGGAGAAGAAGCCCCGGCGGCGGCGGAAACGGGCAGCGGCGGAGGAGGAGGAGGACGACGAGGACGAGGAGGAUUCGUGCAGCGACUGGGAAGAGGAGAACUGCAAGACCAAGCGGGUGGCACGCCGCUUCGUGCCCUCGGACAGCGACUCGGCCAGCGAUUGGGAACGCUCAUCAAGCCGCAAAAAGAAGCAACCAGCAACGAGGACACGCGUCCAGAGAAAGAGGAGGAGGAGGGCAUCUUCAGAGAGGGAGAGCUCGGAGGGGGAGAGCGACGACGCACCCCUCAAGAGGCCCACCAGGCGCACGCCAGCCAAGAGGGAGUCCUGCAAGUACGGCAAGAAGUGCUUCAGGAAAAGCGGACAGCACCUCAAGCAGUUCAGCCACCCGGGCGAUUCCGACUACGCGGGGGAGUCAUCGGACAAGGAAGACGAAGGGGGUGAGGAGAAAGACGAGCAGGGUCAGAAUCGGCAGAAUCAUGCUGCGGAGGAGGGGAAGAAGGGCAAGAGGGACCAGGACAAGGAGGAGGACGAGGAAGACAACAGACCCUUGUGUCGGUGGGGAGCAGGCUGCUUCAGGAAGAAUGCACUACAUCUUAAGAACUUCAAACACACCACCCCCACAAAGAAGGCACCAGCAAGUCAGACACCUGCCAGCAAAAAGGGCAAACGCGGCGGCAAGGCCAAGGGGGGCUCUUCGAACGACGAAAAGGCAUCUGGUGACGAGUACGACUGGAAAGACGAGGACAGCGAAAACGGAGGAGACGGGAACGGCACCAAGGAAGCCGCCAAGACAUUUUCCAGACGGAAACCGCGCACCUCGGAACGCCCCAGUGCCGCCGCCGACUGAAUCGCCGUCAAACUCCAGUCUGUGCGCGCCGGCGCGUGACGCAAUGACAAUUCGGCAGGUCUUUCUCCGCCGACGCGCCGCUUUUCCAUUUUUCCGCGUCUUUUUCUGUCGCCGUCUCCCCCUCUCCGUGCUCCGCUUGUCCCUCGAGGGCUGGUUCGCGUGCUCCCGUUCGGUUGCGACCGAGUUCAUCAUGCGGCUCCAUGCUUCCUUGCGAUCGCCUGCCCCGAGAUGACACGCUGGCACAAUCUGCGCGGUGGCCCCAGAACUGCGUGCAACUGGAGCGAAGGUCUCGCGGUAUUUGCGAGAUCGGACGUGUGCUCUAUCCAUGAGAAUGCGUGUACCGUGUUGUCCAUCUCGAGGAGCCCCAUCCACUUCGAAUGGCGGUCAAAGAGCCCCUCCCGGUCUCUCCAUUGAUGCCGUAAAACGGUACAGGAGCUUACCGACAAUGUAAAUAAUGCCGAUGGUUGGGAGCAUUUGGCCCUUAAUUACGCAACAAUGGGUGGCUCAGAUCUGCUAAAACAGUACCUGAGGGCAGGGACAGUCAAGAAAGUUUGGGAAUUCGCAGAACUUAGGAGGGUAGUCUGGCAAACAGUAACCCAGUUUGAGAACCAAUGGUUUAUAACGUUUUCUAAAGGUUCUCAAGUCCAUCGCAAAAGAAUAAUGUCCUCUCUCUCAGUAUCGCUCAUCGUAGUCCUCUCCACGAUGAGAGAGAGAUAGAGAGGACAAGGCUGCACGAUGUUCUCGGUCACGGCCAAACGCUGGUGUGUGAACCAGUCAAUAAAGGACAGUGUGGUCGAAGCUGCGUGUUUGGUGGACCAGCCGUGCGUCUGCCUUUCCCCACGUGAUUGCGCUCCCGCCUGUAACACGCGCGGAGAGCGGGGUUGAGCGAUAAAAGGGAGGCUGUCGACUGGUCCAAUGAAUGCGUAGCUCCUGUCAUACCGUCUGCAUAGGGGUGAGCGGAGUGUGGCUCAUGCCCCGCGAUGCAUGGACGAGUCCAAUCUUUUUUUGUUCGAGGUUCCUUGGGCGCAGCGAAUGGAUCCCCUUCCUGCGGGUGUCGUAAGCAGUGUCAAGGGCGGUUCGGGAGCAUUUGUUUCCUAUGCUUCCGUCGCAAGAUCAAAACUUCGGUUGUCAUUCCCGGACAAUUGUGCUUCGUUCUCGCCUCCCUCGCCCUCCGUUUUUUCGAGAAAGGAAAGAAGACGCCGGCGCAUCGUCUCUCGCAUUAAUUUUUGCAUAAUUUAUGUUAGAUUUUUUUGUUGUUCUUGAGGAAAAAAACCGGUUGGACAAGUUGGAUUGACAAAGGGCAACCGGCCUGCACAGACGCCUGCCAGCGUUCGGCGGCGGCGACCUUAGUUUCCAUGACUUUGGAUACAUCUCCACGUGCAAGUGCUUUGAAUGGUGUUUUUGAGAAGCAUCCGCUUUGCCAAGACGGAACGAGCCGAGUGCUCGCGACGGAAGUCGUGCCUGAGAUGACGGGAGUGUCGGAAGAAGUCGCGCGACUCCCGCGACGCGUUGCGACCAGUGAAUGCGAGUUGUUGCUCGGGCCAGUCCUUGCCACUGGCUCAAGUGCAAUCGACACGUCGUUGUGUUGGAGGGCAUCGUUUGAGCCCCCCCAAUUUCCAAAGGUCGAAGUGUGGAACAUAUGUGGCAGCUGGAGUUCCAACUUUGUGGCAUCAACAUCGACUGCAUCAUCGAAUGUCUCCGUGUGCUUGCAUUGCAACUGCCCGUGCAAUUUCGCUUCCUUUUUUUUUUUUUAAAUCAAGAUAUGGAGCAAGAUCUGCUUGUAUUAUUCUGGUGAUUUGAUGUUUCCCCUAGCAUUUUUCUUUGCUCCCUUUUAAUGUAUGCAUUAGGACAACAAUUUUGUUGUUUUCAUGCUACUAAAUGUAUUCUGUGUUUGUUUUUCUUUUGAGUGAGUGUGUGUGUGCAUGCAAUCGUACAUUUGCAUGCCUGCGUGUAUAUGUGCGAAUAUGCUUCAUCUGGAAUUUCGAGCACAAGACGUGUCACGUGGUAAACACAUUGAGCAUUCGGAAGAGAGAGAAAAUGUUUCUUUUACCUCAUGGGGUGCGUUUCGAAUCCCCACUGCACCGACGCAGAGCCGUCUUUGUACGGCACAUGCGGAGUGAAAUCGUCGCGAUCGCACACUCCUUCACGUAGUUUUUUAGCAUUGACUAAGACGCAGAGGCAAGGAAAAGGUCUCGUCUUGUUUUGAAGAGAGUGUCUUUUGUGGAAACAUAUCCCUCUGUGCAUUAACCCUCUAACUGCCAAACACGACAAGUUUUGUUCCUCCAUUAACAUAUAUUUUACGAGCAGUAAUAGAGGCCCUAGAAUCCCGAAGUCAUUGCUUCGGAGAGACUCCGUUUCAUCUCGUUGUGGUAGUAGAGCUAAGGCUACAGCACGAGCAUCGCCUUAGGACGUUGUUCGGCUGCCUGAGCCAGAGAACCUGCCAAAUCUACAAGCACACGCCCGUAGACUCACUACUACCGUAGUUGAAACAGACUCUAAAGAUGCUCCUGCCAUACGAGGACAUAGGCAACAGGAUCUCCUCUUUCGAGGUUGUUGAGUUCUGCUGACGUGGUAUGGAAUAUAAAUCCCUCGGGUAUAUUUAAAGAGACAAAACAUUGAUGUAUUAGGCUCCUCAUGGCAGUUAAAGGGUUAAGUUGGCGUCUUGUGUCACCUCUAUACUUUCAAGACGGCCCAGGAAGCCAUCUUGAAAGUCUAGGUGACAGAAGUUCACAUUUCCAAGGUCAUCUUCGAAGCGUCGUACCUUUAGCGAUUCGGAAGUGACUUCCAUUCCACUCCUUUGUUAAUAACCGCAUCACUGAUCAAAGAUUCUCCUCUUUAUUACGACGAUCACUUUGAACCCUUUGUUUCAUGCAGCCGACGAGUCUUGAAUGUCAUUUUUUGCAGGAGGUGCAAGUCAGUUAGAGAGUCGCCCCCUCGGACCAUGUACAUACAAAAUACAAGUGAAACCAAGAGCACCCCCUACCUAUGUAUAGGCUUGAAAGAAAGGUAUGGGGCGUCCCUGAAAUAAUAUACUGCAUUUUUCUCGCCUCUGGAUUGCCGAACGCUCUGUCUCCACCCAAGUAUAGCCCUAUUGGUCCCAACUAGCUGCCAGCAUUUCAAAGCUGGGCCUUGUAUUAUUCAAAAAUUCUGAACAACUUCAUUGAAAUUUUUUGUAAAGAAUGAUGGACAAUGAAGUUUGCAUGGAAGUGAAUAUUGUGUGCCCCAUUUCGCAUUAAAACUUCCAGAAAGUUGCUCAUAACUUAUUUAUGGAGACAAGGGUUGGUUCUGAAACUUAGGCAUCUGGUUGUGACCGCUAGCACUCUGCUUCAGCAGAAACCGAGCACUCGACGAUGCAUCAUUUGUUUCUGCGGCGAGAAAAAUGCUGCAAAUUUUUGGGGGAGACGCCCUGUGCUACACUUGCUAUCCAUUGGUGGUUCUAAGACAACUACUACUACAGUAUAACUGGCAGCAGUGGCGGUAGCAAACCUCUUUUCCCUUUCCCACUUCCCUUUCGAGGGACUUCAUUAGUUCACAUGCCUUUCGUUGUUGGUGGAAUCUUGAUGUGGCAGUACUUGUGUGUGCGUGUUUGCGUGUCUUCCCGCUUUGAUACGACUGCCCAGUGGCGGUUUCUGAAGCCUGCAAUAUAUUAGCGUGUCUUGGCAGCGCCGAGGAAGGUUUGCGCAGUGUUUUUAUGCAAGGACGGCUCUGCCUUUUUCGAAGCAACCGACGCUCUUGCCGCACUUUUUUUCCGCCGUGUGAGUGAAGGCUUGCAGCGCGGGAGAAACUUGGCAUGAGUGGGGUGUCGUGUCUGUCCAACGGCGCAGUGGUACUGAAAUAAAGAUAUUUCUGCAUCUUA